GGCGCUUUCAAACAUCGCACGUAUGGUAACUGCUUCACUGUUCCAGCUUCACGGUUAGUUAAUUUGAAUCAAACGUUCGGAAAGUUUGAUAUUUUGCUUUGAUUGUAUAAAAGUGUGCACUGCUUAUUCUUCUGCUUUCAAACCUCAGCAAACGAUGACCGAAGCGCAGAUCUGUGAUAUUAGCCCGGAGGCAAAGGAGGAGAUCUGCAAAUUUCGCUUCCGACGUAAUGCCACCAAUACGGCUUUGAUUCUGAAAAUUGAUCGUGAAAAGCAAUUAGUUACCGUCGACGAGUUGCUGGACGAUGUGGCGAUCGAGGAGCUGCAGGAACAGCUACCGAGCCAUCAGCCACGCUACAUCAUCUACAGCUACAAGAUGGUACACGAUGAUUCAAGGAUAUCGUAUCCAAUGUGUUUCAUUUUUUAUACACCACGCGACAGUCAGAUGGAGCUGUGCAUGCUGUACGCAAAAACACGCAUGGCUUUGCAGCGUGAAGCAGACUUAACGCGCUACUACGAAAUCCGUGAGCUGGACGAUAUGACGGAGGACUGGCUAAGAGAAAAACUUCGAUAAAAUGCAUGCAUUUAACUAUUUUGACAUAACGAAGAACGACAACACAUCACCAGAAGCACCAGAAGGCACACAUGCACACUAUAAUAUGCACCUAGAAAUGAUAACCCCACUAGAGGUAUGGUAGAUGAAUUGCCAAAAAUAACAAAUGCCAGGAAAAAGUAUAAGCAAUAAUCUAAAACGAUGCAACGUAAUCGCUUCACAAUCCCGGAGCCCUGCGGUAUGAAGAUUGUCUGGCAUGAAAAACAAAUUCAUGCCAGUAAAGGGGACACACUAUUUUAGAGGGCUUAUUGGACGUACUUUGAAUACCUCGGUGAACAUUUGCGUACGGUUUUUUGUCAGAUUUUGUAUGUACGUACCUAUCAUAAUAACGAUAGACGAUAUCAUCCACAACGACGAGUGGAAAAUAGGACAGGACCACUAGUUGGCUUUUGCUGAUCACAAUCUGUGCAGGAACAUAAGGAUAGAUUUAUCGUGCAACGACGAUAUUAUCGUGCGUGAUAGAAGCUAAUAGCUAUAACAUAACAUAAUCGUGUAAACGUUUCGCUCUUGUCUUUUUUCUCUCUUUUUGUAGCAGCAAUGCGUGUAUUCCUAGUGUAGAAGGAAGUGUUAGUGAAGCGAGCGCAUAGAAUUUUAAGUAUAUUUCAAUUCCAAUGCUUCCGAAACAAUGGAUCCAAUUGACAAAGACACAAGUACAACUACUAUUGGUGAUUUUUGUGUGUGUGUAAACUAUGCAAUUUGUAACGAUUUCGACUGAAUACGAGAAACGAUCAUGGAAGGGAGAUCUUUUAGUAGGUGAUUGUACAAUGAAUACGAUCGAGUUUUGUUUAGUGUGCAUGGCUUAUCUAAUAGAGUUCAAAACAAUGUUACAUUUAUUUACCUAAUUCAAACAGGCAAAAGUAUACUAAUAUCCUACACAUCGGGGUUUGAUUUCAUAUUACUGCGCUUGUUUCGGUCAGUGUAUUUCCGUGUAACGUAAUAAUAAAUGAAUAGUUUUGAUAGUA